AUGGCUUCCCAUGGCAUCUCUAGACGUGUAACGUGUUUCCGCGGAAAAAUAUGUAGUAUGGUACCAGGGUGGUUGAGGUUUGAGAGAGAUAAAACGACGUCUCUAAUGUUGAUCAAGAGCUAGAAUGGUGGGGAUAAGUGUAUGAGCCAUGAAUUUGGUUGCAGCUAUGUGUAUGUGGGUGAAUGAGACACAGCCACUAUAGUGUAUGGAAGUGGAGGUGUUUCACAGAGUACAUCAAGUAUUUGAUAAAUGUUUCCACAGAAGAAGACAUGUGCACCAUAAUGAACCUGGGUUUGCCAUCAAUUCAAAUCAUCCUUCUUUACUGUUGUCUUUACUUCGACUCUGAAAAGCAAAGCAAAGUCAUUCAAUUCCAUUCAGUUUGAUAGAAAUUCAAUUAGUAUUUGUGAGAAAUGAAUGCUUCGGUGGUUGGGUUUCUCAGAUUUUUUAAUGAAGCCCCAGUGCCGGUACUUCCCUUGAGGAAUUAUGAUUGGUUUUCUCCUGCAAUUCUUAUUAUUUUCUCCACACCAAGCAAAAGGGGGAGUACAUAGAGCAAAGAAGGAAAAACAACUGCGAAGAUGGUGAAGAAGACAAGAAAAACGCUAACUUCUAAGUCAUCUUCAUCAGUAACUAGAAGAGUUCCUGAGUUCUUCAAGAUCUUUUUAUCCCCUGAAAGCUUCUACAAAAUGAAAGUCCCGAUAGAGUUCUUGGAACAAUUAACAUGUGGAAUUCCUGGGUCAUUCUCUUCACGCGGUCCUAGUGGAAAAGUUUGGAGAGUUCGCUUGCUUGAGAUGGGUGAUGGCUAUUACUUUAUAGACGGAUGGGAAGACUUUGUGAUUGAUAACUUCAUGAGCAAUAAAGAUAUUUGUGCUUUUAAAUAUGUUGAUGAGAAUUGUUUACAAGUGCAAAUAUUUGAGCGAAAUGGAUGUGAAAAAGAAACUGCAUUUAAAGCCAAUUGCAGUCAAGCAUCUACAACAAAUUUUGCUGCAAGACACAAGGUGAAAAAGGCAGUGAAGAAUCAAGGUAAGUUUCCAAUAUUUAAAGGUCGGGCAUCUACAAUGAAUCUUUCUGCAAGAUGCUGGGGAGGAAAGGCAGUGAAGAAUCAAGGUAAGUUUUCAAUAAUUAAAGGUCGAGGAUCUACAAUGAAUCGUUCUGCAAGAUACUGGGGAAAAAAGGCAGUGAAGAAUCAAGGAGGGCCUUUUAUAUCACAAAGACGUGGCAUUACAGUGGAAGAAGAAAAUAUGGCAUUGAAUGCAGCACUUCGGUUUGUCUCUAAAAAGCCCUAUGCAAUGAUCACUAUGCGAAAAUCCCAUGUUUAUACUGGUUUCUGUUUGCCAUUGCCACGCUCAUUCUGGAAGGCGCAUCUUCCUGACUGCAGUCAACAAAUGACUUUGAGGGAUCCUCGUGGAAAAACGUGGUGUGUCAGGCUUUACGUGAACCAAAUUCACCAGGUUGGACAACUUACUGAAGGGUGGCGUAAGAUUUCCUUCACAAACAACAUUGAAGCAAGCGACGUAUGCAUCUUCUAACUCGUAAAACCAAACGAGUUCAAGUUGCAUAUUUUCAGGGUUAUAGAAGAGGUGGUACCAUUGAGAAGGCAACGUGAUAUGUAAACUUAAAGUUACAGUAAGUUAUUACAGCACGUAAAAUAUUCAAAAUGAUCUAGCUUUAGUAUUUCUGAAAAAUUAGGUUUCUUUUGGCUGUUUCAAUAGGAUGAUGGAUGACUGUAAUAGUG